CAUGGCUCCUAACAGUUUAUCAGCUGCCAACAGUUGCUGGCCAAUCAGUGUCUUGGGAAUAAAGAAGAGAAUUCGUUUAGAGGAAGGAGCUGACGAAGCCGAAGAAUUAGGAAAAUUAAGAGUUAUACAUAAGCCCAAAUCUCUAAUAACAUUACCAAGGGAUACAACCAUUGUUUCAAUGCCAAAAGUAACUGCUGUUUCUCCGAGACCAAGGAAUUUGAGGGGACGGAUUAUAAUUGAUCAGACACCUUUAACAUGGAAACAAUUAGUACAGAAGAAGUUUGCUUCAAGAUUGAAGGGAGGACAUUUGAAACUUCAAGGGAAGAAACAAACGGAAUCUCGCCGUCAAAGAGUUGCAAUCAUUAUUCCAUAUCGUAACAGGGACAGUCAUUUCCGAGUACUGUUACGUUAUUUGCACCCUUUAUUACAGCGGCAAAAUUUAGUAGAAUAUACAAUAUAUAUUGUAGAACAAAAGAACAAAUUGCCAUUUAAUAGAGCUUUACUGAUAAACAUCGGCUUUGCCGAAGCAAUGAAGAUUCAUCCAUUUGAUUGUCUCAUCUUUCAUGACGUUGACCUCAUACCUGAAGACGAUAGAAACCUGUAUAACUGCGCUGCUCAACCUAAGCAUAUGUCUGUGGCUGUGUCAUCUUUUGAUUAUAAACUACCAUAUACUGACAUCUUUGGAGGAGUUGGAGCGGUUUUUUCAAAUCAAUUUAAAGCUAUUAACGGAAUGUCUAACUGUUUUUUCGGUUGGGGAGGGGAAGAUGACGAUCUCCGAAAUAGACUAACUGAGAAAGCUUAUCGUAUAGUCAGACCAUCAGAAACAAUUGCUCGAUAUACUAUGUUAACACAUGACCAACAGUUUCGAUCACAUGAGAGAUUCAAGUUACUAUAUAGUGGUUUUGAAAGUGCCUCAUCCUCCCGAGAACGAUUUCAUCCGCACAUUAGGGAUACUUUACACCGUCAAAGGCAAGAGAUGCAAUUGUUAAUUAACGAAUUGAAGAAAAGAGACAAGGAGCUAACGACAAUGUCGAGUUCUCAUAGGCGUCAACUGCUUAGUUGGGAAGAGGAUAAACGAAAGUUGAAGGCGGCAACGGAACACCUACAGACUAUAGAGAAGGAUAAUAAACAAUUGAAAGAUGAGAAUGAAAGAAUACGAGAAGAAAUCAAGAAGUUUAAAGGACAAGUAAAUAGAUUGAAUGAGAACAAAGCUUGUAAUUUAGCAAGAUCCUUAGAAAUGGAAAAAAAGAAUAAAGAUUUGGCGGAAGCUAUUGACGAAAUGACCUCCAAUAUGGGACGUUUGGAAGCAAAAGAAAUUGAAUUAAGCAAUAUGCUUAGCCUUAGGGAGAGUGAUAUGGAAUCGGCUACGAAACAUAUUAUUGAAUUGAACCAACGUCUUAAAGAAGAGAAUUCAAAGAGACGAUUACUUGAAGGUGUUCAGUCGAAAUGGACAAAGUUAUGUAAAGAAUUUGAAGAAUUACAAAGAGAAAAAUCAAUUAUGCAAGAAGCUUUGGUUUCUUUACAAGAUAGCAACUCGAGAAAGGAGGAUAUUAUAAAUCUGUUAAAAUCGGCGCAAGAGCGUUCCGAUUGCGAAUUGAAUUCUCUUAGGGACGAGUUAGAAAAACGUAUAGAACCAACGGAAACCAAAUCAGACGCUUGCCGGACGUCAAUGGACCCGUCGUCAUUUCGUACAGAUAUUAACAAGCUUAGACGUCGGUCAUCACCCGAAUUUAAGUUACAUUCCGUAACGUCAAAGGUCGAAUCGACAUCACCUUGCGUGAAUUUAAAGAGAACAUUAAAAAAAUCUAAAGAAAUAGUUGAUAGUAUUGAAGAAAUGAGCAGUUGCGAUUCCUUUGAUCAGUAA